AUUCCCUCCAAAUUCUUCCUUUUCACUGAAGGGGUAUGGGGGACCUUCUUCAACUCUCCCACCCUCCACCACCAAACUUCGUUUUUCUCUCUCCUAAUUAAUUCAUUCGAAUUAAAAAGGGGAAGAAAAACACUCCAAAAAAAAAUUCCAAGAACUCAGAUUUUUGUUUAUCUUCCACAAAAUUUGUUCUACUUUUUGGUAAGUUUUUUCCAUAAUUAAACCCUCCUUUUUUCACCUAGAAAAGAUUGGAAAUUUUGGGUUUAAGUUGAAGGUCAAAAUACUGAAAUUGGGAAAUAACAACUGUUUAUAAUUUGAUCAUGCUGAAAUCUUAAUUAUGAGAUUUAUGUGAUUUCUUUGGGUUUUUUUGUUUUUGGGUGUUUUUUGUUGAGUGUUGAUUGAAUUUGUAGUUAUUUUUUUCAAUUGUGUUUAUGAAAUUAACUGGGGAAAAUUCUGAUAAUUAAUGUCGGAGAUUCGAUUAGUUCGUUGCCCAAAAUGCGAUAAUUUGUUACCGGAACCUCCUGUUUUUACUGUCUAUCAAUGUGGUGGGUGCGGUGCUAUGCUUCGAGCUGAGAAGAAGUCAACUGAAAGUGAGAAAGUGGUAAAUUCUGAUAAGGGGGCAGAGGGAGAGCAGGGAUUUAAGGAUAGUGGUAGGUUGAGGGAGGGGCAAAAGGGUACUUUCGAUAUGAGUGGUAGAUCACCGGCGAGAUCCUCAUAUGGGGAUGGUGGUGAUGGAAGUAAGUCAGAGAUGGGAGAGAGUGAUUUGAGUGAGUUUCGAGGGGGAUUACAGAAAUCCCCUUUGAGGGAGAGGUUUUUGAAUGAUCUUAGCUCUUCUCCGGCGAGGUCAAGAAAUGCUAGCCCAUCACCUUUGAGUGGGAGGGGUUCAGGUGAUGUAGAUUUUGAUGGGGUAGGUAUAUCACCAGCCAGGUCGAGAAAUGUUAGCAAGUCACCUAUGAGGAAUCGAGGGAGUAAAUCACCAAUGAGUGUGAGGACGCCUAAUUAUAGCAGGUCGCCUAUGAGGGGGACGAAUGGUGCCAGUAGAUCACCUGCAAGGUCACUGAAUGGUGACAUUUCUUAUACACGAUUGAGAGGAGGUGUUGUCUCUGAUUUGGAUGAAAAUGCUGAGGAAGAACAAGAGGGGAUGGGUGUUAAUUCUGAUGGGCCAAUAAGGAGACACAAGAUGAUUCCCAAAACUUCGUUUAACGAAUGGCUUCCUGAUGAUAAUCAUUUCGGAGUGUCUAAUGAUGACAAUUUUGGCAGAAGGAAAACAAACUGGAGAGACGUAGUUGGUGAUGAAGCUGAUCGAAUCAGUGAGGUAUCAGAAUCUGUCUACGCCGAUGAACAAGGGAUGACUUCAGAAGGAUCAGUUGAUGGUCCCAUUAAAGGAAGUGAUUUCAGGAAGGGUAGAACAGACAGAAAUUCAAGAUUCGGGGGUGGCUUUGUCAGAGGAAAUGGGAAACCAAGGGCUGCAGACCAACGGUUUGUUGAAAGUGAAGGGACUGGGAUGUUUCACGACAACACAAGAAGAGUUUCUGAAAGAGAAAGGAUUUCGGUUUCUUCAAGUGCUAUUGAUGGACCUUCAGCUUAUCAUCCAGAUUCCAUGUACAUGUAUGGUCACUCAAGGCAUAGUUUUGAAGUUCCAAGAGGAACUGCUAAUGCUCACUACUCGGAGCAUGUUGAGUUUAUGCAGAAGUAUAAAGGAUCUAUGCAGCAAUAUCCUUCAAAACAACUGAGUAACUUGGAUGAUGAACCAUUUUCCUCUCCUGGGUUUUAUAGUGGUGGUGGUGUUCAUUCUAAAGAGGAUAUGAGAUUCAGGCGACACUCUAUGCAACAAUUUUCAACAAAUAAGGAUAUGCCGAGGCCUCCAUACUAUAAUCAUGGACCUGAUAUGAUUCAUGAGCUGGAAGAUAUUCACAAUCAUCUCCCUUUGUAUGAUGAUCCAUUUGCUGGUCCCAUGGACAGUGAGCAACACCUGAAGCAACCCCAAAUGUUACCGCGUGCAAGGCGAGGCUAUGGUCCAGGACAGUCCUUAGACCUUGAUCGGGAUCCUUUCAGAUCGUAUCAUAACGGGAUGCAUCGUCGCCUUCCUGCUGAUUGGCAAGGCGAUGAUCUAUCAAGUUAUGGUUAUAGGAUAUCUCAAAAUCUAGCAGCACAUCCAACCAGUUAUAGUAUGGAUCUGCAACAACGUGGUCCACAGACCUAUGAUCCUCGAAUGCCCCCUACUGCUCCUCGAGUUCGACCAACCAACCUUGCUCCUCAUGCUAGGAGGAUUUUGGGAGCUAACCAGAACAAACGGCUUUGCCUCCCCAUUGCUGGUGGUGCUCCCUUUGUAGUAUGCCACAGUUGUUUUGAAUUGCUCAAAUUGCCUGCGAAGUUUGUGAACAAGCAGAAGAACGAGUAUAAGUUGCAAUGUGGGGCUUGCUCUUCCAUUACCUCAUUUGGUCUUCAGAAUAAGUCUUUCAGUGUGCUUUCUUCACAAAACAAACCAGAUCCUGUCAAUGCUUGUAGUGGCUUUGGUAAAGUGUUGAACGAGUCAGGUCCUCGACAUCAUCGAGAUAGCUUUGCUGCUACUAGUACGAAUCUUGGAUCAUAUGAUUUUGAUGCAUCAGGGCAUAGCUUCCAAUCUAUGGAAUCCGAAGCCAAUGCAGCAUCAAGAAGGCAGAGAUUGGUUUCAAAUUUGGAUGAAAAUACUCGAGCUGUUUCUCCAUCAUCUCGUUCUUCUAAGGAUGAGCGCAUUCCGGAGAAUGCAAGCAUUCGAAGCAGCCGACCCAAUUCUUCAGAGAUAUCGUCAAAGGUCCGUCCUCCUCCUGGUUCACCUUUGAGGGCCCAUCUUGAUUACUCUGGCCAAUACCACAAAGCUGAAGCAGAAGUUGCAAGAAAUUUUACCGAGGAAGAGAAGCCAGUACUUGAAAAAGAUGCCUCUCAAGAUAGCUCCGUGGUAAACACAGCAGUUGCCUCAGAGACUGAAGUUUACUCCCAUGAGUUACCAACUAGUUUAUCUGACUCCGGGGAUGUUCCAAGAGAUUACAAGGGAAACAACGAAAACAAAUCCUCUAGACCUGCUUUCUGGAAAUCCUUUGCAUCAAGAUCUGGUCAUGCCUCCCCUGGAAAAAGUGAGGUAUAUGUUAAUGGUCAGCAGGUACCACAUCAUGUUGUCAAAAAGGCAGAGAAGCUUGCUGGAUCAAUUCAACCAGGAAACUACUGGUAUGAUCCCAAAGCUGGAUUUUGGGGUGUAAUGGGUGAUCAUUGCCUAGGAAUAAUUCCACCAUCUAUUCAAGAGUUCAGUUUUCCCAUGCCAGAGAGUUGUUCUAAAGGGGAUACUGCUGUUUUUGUAAAUGGUAGAGAGCUUCAUAAAAAAGAUCUUGAACUACUUGUUAGUCGAGGACUUCCAAAUAUGCGGGAUAAGAGAUAUAUUAUUGACAUGUCCGGGAAAGUUCUGGAAGAGCAGAGCAAAGACUUCAUUGCUAACCUUGGAAAACUUGCCCCUACAGUUGAGAAGAACAAGCGUGGAUUUGGUAUGCGCGUUCCAGGUUCAAUAAUUGAAGCUAAAAAAAUCGUAACGAAUGAAUGAUCAAUAUACAUUAGUGUGACAUUUAAUAUCUCAUUGAAGUGCUACAUUUUUUGUAUAAUAUUGGGUGUAAAUCAUUGAUUUUUUCAUUAUUUAGGUGAAUUUGUUUGAUUCAUGAUGUAAUAUCCAUUCUUGUAUACAAGUUGUAAUCUCACUUUAUUAUUGUCAGAUGGUUAACCGAACAGUCUGUAAAUUGGUAAAUUGUUUUCGUCA